UGAUAAUUCUUUAUAAUAUGAAUACAUGUAUAAGUUUACAAAUAUAUUUUAGUGGAGGUGGAUUUUAUAAGGAGUAAGAUAUUGGUUCUAACAAAAUUGGAAGGUGAAUAGAGGAAUAGGAAGAAUAUUCAAGUGAUAGUUAAGUAACUUAUGAAGGUGAAUAUAAUACUUAUGGUUAUAAAAUAGGUACAUGGAAUAUUAUGCAUAGAUAAAACAGCAGAAAACCAUUUGAAAAACUGUAUAAAAAAUACUUAAUUAUUUUAGAGACGAUGGAUCAUAUUAUUAUAUAGAAGGAGUAUCACGAAAAUUUGGGAAGUGGACUGAGUUGAGAUAGAGGUUUUAUGAGGAUAAAUAAAUCAUUUAUAAUGGUGGAUAUGAUAUGUAAGGCAAUAAAAAAGGAAGAUGGGGGAUUUUGUAUAGAUAUAAAAGCAGCAAACCAUUUGAAAUUAUGUAAUAAACAUUGCUCAAUUAUAAUAGAGGCGGUGGAUUAUAUCUUGAAAAAGUAGGAGGAACAAGAAAGUUUGGGAAGUGGAUUGAGUUGGAUGAGCAGAACAUAGAUUGGAAUUAUAAUACUUUACAUGGUGAAUAUAAUGAUUAAGGUAUGAAAGUUGGUCAAUGGGUAAUUCAGUCAGAAAAAGUCGAAUUUCCUAUCAUAGAUUGAAGAAUAUAUUAAUAAAAAG